UAAUGUCCGUUCUAUUGGCAGGCCAUACUCGCAGCACCUCUGAGAUAGGUUCAUCUCUUGCCGAGGCUGCAGGCUUCUGGUUCUUGUGUGCCAGGCUCAGCCCUCAUUUCUUCCUCCUUGCCAUGGCCAACAUCACACUGAAGCCACUCUGUCCACUCUUGGAGGAGAUGACCCAGCUUCCAAGCCACAGCAACUCUAGCAUUCGCUAUAUUGACCACGUGUCGGUGCUGCUGCACGGGCUGGCUGCGCUACUGGGCCUGGUGGAGAACGGACUCAUCCUGUUUGUGGUGGGCUGUCGCAUGCGCCAGACGGUGGUUACCACCUGGGUGGUGCAUCUGGCGCUGUCCGACUUGCUAGCCUCUGCCUCUCUGCCUUUCUUCACCUACUUCCUGGCGGUGGGCCACUCAUGGAAGCUGGGUACCACCUUCUGCAAGCUGCACUCCUCGGUCUUCUUCCUCAACAUGUUUGCCAGCGGCUUCCUGAUCAGCGUUAUCAGCCUGGAUCGCUGCCUGCAGGUGGUGAGGCCAGUGUGGUCACAGAACCACCGCACAGUGGCGGCUGCGCACAGAGUCUGCCUGAUGCUCUGGGUUCUGGCGGUGCUCAACACAGUACCCUAUUUUGUGUUCAGGGACACCAUCCCACGGCUUGAUGGCCGCAUCAUGUGCUAUUACAACGUGCUGCUCUGGAAUCCAGGGCCUGACCGCGAUGCCACGUGUGACUACCGCCAGAAGGCCCUAGCGGUUAGCAAGUUCCUGCUGGCCUUCGUGGUGCCUCUGGCCAUCAUCGCCUCAAGCCACGUGGCCGUGAGCCUGCAACUGCGCCACCGCGGCCGCCAGAGGACAGGCCGUUUUGUGCGUCUGGUGGCGGCCAUCGUGGUGGCCUUCGUGCUCUGCUGGGGGCCCUACCACGCCUUCAGUCUGCUGGAGGCGCGUGCCCAUUCUGUCACCACGCUACGGCAGCUUGCGUCACGUGGGCUGCCCUUUGUCACAAGCCUGGCCUUCUUCAACAGCGUGGUCAACCCACUGCUUUAUGUGCUCACCUGCCCCGACAUGUUGCACAAGCUGAAGGUCUCGCUGCGCGCAGUGUUUGAAAGCGUACUGGUGGAAGACAGCGACUUGAGUGGUGGGCCCAGCACUCGCCGUCGCCGUGGCUCCUCCACUACUACCUCAGCCUCCACCCUCCUGCUCACUGGCCGCCUUUCCCCACUGCGUCCUGGGCGCUUGAUCCGCUGGAUGAGAGGUAGCGCUGCAGAGCCCCAGCAGAAGGAACCUGUACAGUCCCAGAAGAAGCGCGGCUCUUUGAGCCGCGUGCUGAGCUCCACCUCGGAUUAG